AUGGGGAUAGAAGCCAUUCCAAUCAAUGCUGACCCUAAGGUCGAGAGCAGGAGAGAAGUGGUGUCACAGAAAUGGUGGCAGCUUGGAGGAAAGGACGUUUCUUACGUCUCCGUUGAUGCAGGCUACGAGUCACGUUCAGAGUCGUCUUCUACUGAGGAUCUGGUGAAGAACGUCGACAAUGUCUAUGUUGCGCCGGAAGCUAUCGAGCUGUACAAGCCCAUUGAAGGCUUUGAAGGCGCCCAUCGAUUCGAUCCGAAUGCUUCAUGGUCGCCGGAAGAAGAGAAGAAACUGGUCCGCCGGCUCGACUGGCGUAUCGCAUUGCCAGCUUGUAUCAUGUUUUUUGCCCUCCAGCUUGAUCGCGGCAACAUCACGCAGGCUCUCUCGGACAAUAUGCUGAUCGACCUUGGUCUCACAACAAACGAUUAUAACAACGGCAUGACAAUAUUCUAUUGCUCCUUUCUCUUUGCUGAGCUUCCGUCACAGCUCGUCAGCAAGAAGCUCGGUCCGGAUAUCUGGAUCCCAAUUCAGAUGACAUGUUGGAGCAUAGUCGCGGCGUCUCAAGCCGCCCUUUCAGGGCGUACCUCUUUCUUCAUCUGCCGCAGCUUGCUUGGUUUGAUCGAAGGCGGCUUUAUUCCUGACACUAUACUGUAUUUGUCAUACUUCUACAAGCAUCUGGAGCUGCCACGUCGACUCUCCUGGUUCUGGACAUCCUACCAGUCCACUCAAAUCGUUGGAGCUUUCCUAGCCUACGGCAUCCUCCACCUCCGUGGCUCUAGCGGAUUGCAAGGCCAAGGAUGGCGGUAUUUGUUUGCCAUAGAAGGCUCCUUCACCGGGCUCAUUGGCAUCUUCACAUGGCUGUACCUACCUGCGUCGCCGACGCAAACUGCCCGCCACGGCGUUAAGGGACUGCUACGUCCAAAGGAAGGCUGGUUCACGGAGCGCGAGGAGGUCAUCAUGGUCACACGCAUUCUGCGCGACGAUCCGGGCAAGGCAACUAUGCAUAAUCGGCAGGGUUUGUCUUUUGGCCUUUUGUGGGAUGCCUUGACCGAUUACGACAUGUGGCCCAUUUACAUCCUAGGCCUCAGCUGGACAAUCCCCUUCACGCCGCCUCAGGCGUACAUCACGCUCACCUGUAAAGCUCUCGGCUUCGACACGUUCGAAACCAACCUUCUGACUAUCCCUGCGUACACGUUGUUCAUCCUGCAGCUCCUCUUCUGGACCUGGGCGUCCGAGAAGCUCAACCAGCGCCUGGUGGUGGGACUGAUCGCACAAGUCUGGGGGCUGCCGUUACUGAUCGCGCUGGUGACAUUGCCAAUGCACUUUGCGAAUGCAAAUUGGGUCAAGUGGGUGCUCAGCACGCUGCUCAUCGGGUAUCCUUAUGCCCACGCCAUCAUUGUGGCACUCACCUCGCGCAACAGUGGCUCCGUGCGGACACGGACAGUGGGGAGUUCGCUAUACAACAUGGCUGUACAGGCUAGCAAUAUCUUCAGCAGCCAGAUCUACAGGCAAGACGACAAGCCUUACUACUACAGGGGCAAUAAAGUGCUGCUGGGGAUUUUGGCGUGGAACAUCGUCGCGUUUGUGGCCACGAAAGCGUACUAUGUCACGAAGAACAAGAAGAGGGAUGAGAAAUGGAACGCUAUGACUAGGGAGGAGAGAGUGCAUUAUCUCGCGACCACUGAGGACAAGGGCAAUAAGAGGUUGGACUUCAGGUUUGGGUCGUGA